AUGGAGGUGCAGCUGGGGGUCGGCCGCGUCUACCCGCGGGCGGGGGGCCGGACCUUCCGCGGGGCUUUUCAGACCUUCUUCCAGAGCGUCUGCGAGGCUUUCCAGGCGCCGCGGGAGGAGCCGGGCACCAGCCAGCAGCCGCCGGCGUGCGCGCCCUGCCCGCCGAGCCCCCGGCCGCCGGCGGGCUCGCCCGCCUGCCUGCCGCCCCCGGAGCCCCGCGGCGCCGGGAAGGCGCUGCCGGCGGGCGGCCCGGCCAUGGGCUCGCCCUUCCCCUGCGCCGGCGAGCUGAGGGAGCUGCUGUGCGAGGCGGGCGCGCUGCCGCUGCUGCCGCCGCCGCCCGCGGCCGAGCCGGCGCCCGAGGAGGACCCGCUGGGCGACAGCGCCAAGCAGCUCUGCAGGGCCGUGUCCGCCUCCAUGGGCCUGGCCCUGGAGGCGCCGGAGGCGCCGGGCGAGCCGCUGCCCCGCGAGGACUGCAUGUUCGCGCUGCCCGCCGGGCCGCCCCGCGCCCCGCGCCCGCCCGCCGGGGCCCCGCCGGGGCCGCCGCCCGCCCCGCCCGCCUUCGCGGGCGCCGAGGCCGCCCUGGCCGUCGACGCGCCCGCCGGGCCGGGGCUCUACCGCGGCUCGCCGGGGCCCGCGGCGCGGCCGCCCCCCGGCUUCAGCCUGGCGGCGCCGCCGCCCGCCCGCAUCAAGCUGGAGAGCCCGCCGGGGCCGGCGGCGGGCGGCGGCUGGGGAGCGCCGUGCCGCUACGGCGCCGAGAUGGCCCCGCCGGGCCCCGCGCCCCCCUGGCCCGCCUUCUUCGCCGAGGAGGGGCAGCUCUACGGGCCCUGCGCCGAGCCGCCCGCCGGGCCCUUCGGCUGCGGGCGCGGGCCGGCUGCCGAGACCGCCGACUUCCCCGCCGACGGCUGGUACCCGGCGGGCCGGCCGCCCUUCGCCGCCCCCGCCGCCUGCAUCAAGAGCGAGUUGGGGCCCUGGGCCGAGGGCUACGCCGGCGCCUACGGCGACGUCCGGUUGGACACUGGCCGUGAACAUGUCUUGCCCAUUGACUAUUACUUUCCACCUCAAAAGACUUGCCUGAUCUGUGGAGAUGAAGCAUCUGGGUGCCACUAUGGAGCCCUCACUUGUGGUAGCUGCAAAGUCUUCUUCAAACGGGCGGCUGAAGGUAAACAGAAAUACCUCUGUGCCAGCCGGAACGACUGCACCAUCGACAAGUUCAGAAGGAAAAACUGCCCGUCCUGCCGCCUGCGGAAGUGCUACGAAGCUGGGAUGACUCUGGGAGCCCGCAAGCUGAAGAAGCUGGGUAACCUGAAGACACAAGAUGAUGUGGAGGCAGCCAGCUCAUCCAGCCCCACAGAGGAGCAAGCUCCCAAGAUGGUGAUGACACGCAUUGAUGGGUAUGAGUGCCAGCCCAUCUUCCUCAACGUCCUGGAGGCCAUUGAGCCUGGCGUGGUGUGUGCCGGCCACGACAACAGCCAGCCGGACUCCUUCUCCAACCUGCUGACCAGCCUGAAUGAGCUCGGGGAGAGGCAGCUGGUCUACGUGGUCAAAUGGGCAAAGGCCUUGCCAGGAUUUCGCAACCUGCAUGUGGAUGAUCAGAUGUCAAUAAUCCAGUACUCUUGGAUGGGCCUUAUGGUCUUUGCUAUGGGUUGGAGAUCUUUCACCAACGUCAAUUCCAGGAUGCUUUACUUUGCUCCAGACUUGGUCUUCAAUGAGUACCGGAUGCACAAAUCCCGAAUGUACAGCCAAUGCGUCAGGAUGCGGCAUCUCUCUCAGGAGUUCGGCUGGCUUCAGAUCACACCCCAGGAGUUUCUCUGUAUGAAGGCUCUACUCUUCUUCAGUAUUAUUCCAGUGGAUGGCCUGAAGAACCAGAAGCUCUUUGAUGAACUUCGAAUGAAUUACAUUAAGGAACUUGACCGUAUCAUCGCUUGCAAGAGGAAGAACCCUACCUCCUGCUCUCGGCGAUUUUACCAGCUCACCAAGGUCCUGGACUCCGUGCAUCCUAUUGCCAAGGAUCUGCACCAGUUUACAUUUGACCUUUUAAUUAAGGCACAUAUGGUGAGCGUGGACUACCCUGAAAUGAUGGCCGAGAUCAUCUCUGUGCAGGUUCCCAAGAUCCUGUCUGGAAAAGUCAAGCCUAUCUACUUCCACGCACAGUGAUCUUCUGGAGGGACCUCCCAGCUCUGCCACCCCCAUUUCAGCCAUCUCCUGCCUGUUAUUUCUGCACUACUGUACUGCAGUGCCUUGGGGAAUCCCCUCUACAGAGGCGGCGUGCCAAGAAGAUGGACAGUAACACACGACUACCUGCGGGGAUUCCUGAGAUUUCUAUUUUUCCUGAGGUACUGAACUACCUGCCACGGCUUCUGCCUGGAUUUGGCUGUCUCGCUGUGCUGGGACAGGGGGCUGUGGCAUGGUGGCAGCGGCACCCUGUCUACGCUCUCUCGUUUGUGUGUUUUCCACAGUGACUUUUAGUGGCCCAGGGCCAUGGGAGAUUGGGAGAGGUGCCAGCAGUUGUUGGGUUUGGGUUUUUUUUUUUAAAAACGGAACAAGACAAGAAGCAGGUUGAACCUGUAAGUUUGGGUGUGGGUUACUUUACCACCCUCCUUCGGGACUUUUUAUUUGCAUUACAGUGCUGGGAAGCAGACAAGUUAAAAUAUUGCAGUAGAGAAGCAGAGAGGAGUUGGGGGGGAUGAGAUGAAUUUGCAGCCUGAUGAAUUUACAGGACCUGCUGCUGGGUCAGAAAGCUGCCACGCAGCCGCUGUGGGACCUGCUCCGGACAGCACGCUGCCGCCGCCACCCGCGGCCCCACAGACCUGCCGGCGCAGCAGCACGGACCAGCGUUAAUCUUAGCUGAUGGAGCAUUACGGGGUUGUCAGCGAAAGGGCUGCAGGUGGAAGAUGACCUUCGGAAAUCCCCGAAGAUGGCGGACGGCUACUGUUUUCCACCUAGGAUGUUUUUCCUACGGCCGGUCAAGGUGGAUCUCUGCCCCACAGACGCCCGGGCGCUCGGCAGUCCCAUUCCCGUCCUCGACAGCUGCUGCUCCUCCGACACAGCCGUGCCCACCUCCGCAAGUGCCUGAUGUCCUCAGACCUCACGGUCUCCCCUCCUCCUGUGGGCACCCGAAGCUCCCGGCCCAGCCCCUCACCAGCUCUGCUCCCGCUGGGUGUCCGCAGACCCCGGCUUUCCAGCUACACUACUUAUUUUCCUUUUGUCCCAACUAUUCUUUCUGAUGCCAGCAGACGAGCGUCCCAGGAGCAAAGCGGCGGGGCCGGGAUCUGCGGGACCUGCGAGGCCACGGGACUCCUGCCGUUAAUCCUGUCCUUUGGGAGGUGGCUGUGGUAACCGGCUGGUGCUGCCGUGGCUCUGCAGGGGGUUGCAAAGG